AUGUUGUUGGUGGGGCGGUAUCUCAAGUUCGUUGUGCUGGCGCUUCUGGCGGUCGCCUUGGUCGUCCCACUACUUGAGUUGUUCGGGCCUGUCGGCUGGUUGGCCGGGCAGCUCUACCGCCGCCCGACCCUUCUCUCGGACGCCUGCGCCUCCUCCGCUCCAGUCGUGAGCGAAGCCCCCGCCGGCGCCACCCGCUGCACACAAGAGGAAUACCAUGACCCGCCCUUCGUCAAAGUCGACGAGCUGCUUGAUGGCACCACCCACUACAGCCCCCAACGACGACCUGCGACGGGGUGUCCUCCCGUGGCCGCGGGCCGCCUGUGCCGCCUGGAAGACGUGUUCGACGAGAUCUUCGUCAUCUCCCUGCCGCGCGCCACCGACCGGCUGGCCCGCGUCCGCGCCCAGCUGCGCGCUCUGGGCGUGCCCUACACGCUCGUCCACGCCGUCGACGGCCGGCUCAUGGCCAGCUCGGCCGAGCUGGCCAAGAACGUACUGGUCAACCCGGUGGACCAGCACCCGGGCGUGCUCGGUCUCUACCUCACGCACCUGGGCCUCCUGGACUACGUGACCCGGUCGGCGGGCCUCGAGCGGGUGCUCAUUCUCGAAGACGACGUCACCUUCUGCGCCGACUUCCCGCGCGCCUUCGAUGCGCGCAUGCGUCGCAUGCCGAGCGACUGGCGCAUGCUGUGGCUCGGCGCGCUGGUCUUUACGCCCACCUACCAGAAUCCCGAGGCGCUGGACCACUUUGUCGAUGUCGGCUUCGCCCGCCCGACCCAUGUGAUGACUAGCUUUGCGCUGGGCCUGCACCGCGAGGCGGCGGCCUUCGUGGCUGAGAAGAUGCUGGCCUCGCGCGAGGCCAUCGACGAGCAUCCCUACAACGAGGCCCUGCACCUGUGGCCCAACCAGACCUUCAUUGUGUGGCCGCCCGUUGCCAUGACAGACCCCUACUCCGGUUCGACGAUCGGCCAUGGCUGGUGGCCGCCGCCGGCUGUGUGGGCGCACGACAACGGCCUCGACCUGUCCAAUUUCGACCUGGCGCGCGGCUACCACGUCGGUGGCGAGCUGGGCUCCGACCUGCGCUGCGUCGUGGUCGCCGAUGGCCCCACUGCUAUCAGCGAUGAGGACAACUCCGACGACGACGACGACGACGAGGUGGCCACGGAGGCCGAGAACCCAAAGGGCUUCUUUGUGGGCCAGGCGGAGGUGGUCAACAGCUCGGCUGAGUGCUGCGCCAAGUGCUCGCGCGACUUCCCGUGGUGCCGCGCCUGGCGCUGGUACACCCACACCCACAGGUGCGUGCUGGACUCCGGCGCCGAAGCGGCGCGGGUGCCAUCGGCCAAGCGGGCCGUGUCGGGCCGCAUGGUGCAGGAGGACAGCGUGCCGCUCGUGCCCAACGUGGUCCACUUCUUUCCGCCACUCCACGACGCCACCACCACCCCAAGGCUGGACGUGUGGAGCUACCUCUCCGUGCUCAGCGCCGCCAUCAACACCGAGCCCGACCACAUCCGAUGGCACCACCGGUCGAUCGGUGGUAGUGGAUCGAAGCCGGAGGGUCCCUGGUGGGACGAGUGCGCGCUGCCGCUCAUCUCCUCGCUCCACCAGGUGCCUUCGGCCAAGACGAACCUCAACGCUGCGGACAGGGAGGAAGAGAUGCGGCUCGGGGUGCUCAUCGACGAGGGCGGCAUCUUGCUCGACACCGACGCGCUCGUCGUGCGCUCGUUUGCUCCCUUGCGAGCUCGCCAAGCGGUCACGCUCGCCCGCGACGGCCUCGACCGCAAGCUGGCCGGCGUGGGCGUGGUUGUGGCGCCUCGCAAUGGCAGCUUUCUCCAUCGGUGGCUGGCCAAGGUGCGCGAUCAGAGCGCGGAGCAGGACUACCGCGCGGGCGCCGUGGCGCUCCAGCUGGCAGAGCAGCACGCCGACGAGGCCCAACUGCUGUCGCACGCGGCCUUCUAUCCGCGGUCGUCCUCGCCGCACCACCUCAAGGUCGCUUACCAGGCCGACGACUGCGCGUCGGAGCACGAAUCGUUCUCGGUGCACCGCCACAGCAGCGCCGCGUGGGCAUCAUCAUCAGCACCACCAGCACCAGCAACAGGAGGAGGAAAAGAGAGCGCUGCGGGCGAGCUGGAACGGGUGUGGCUGGGCAAGGGAAGUCUGCAUCGGGUGGCGCGGGCCAUCGUGCGCAAGGCGCUGGCCGGCGGGCGGCUGUGUGCGAUGGCAGAGAGGGAGGUGCGGCGGCUCGAGGCCCGUGGCGAGGCGCCCGCUUGUCCACCAGCAAUAGAAAUGAGGUCAUGA